AUGCAAAAUCAUUCAACAUAUUCUACUAGUUACUCCCAUAGUAAUAAAGUCCUAGACAAUAAUGUAAAAAGCAGGACAAAACAACCGAGUCCUACUUAUAUAUCCAAGACAAAUUCAAAUGCAGAUUUGACAAAUUCUCCUACUUCAGAUUCAGACAUAGAUGAAAUAAUAAAGAAAACUUCAAAACUACAACUAAGUCAAAAUUCAAAAAGAAAAGAUCUAAUAAUAAAAGUCAUAAACCCUUUAAUUUUAACAGCAAUUUCAGCUUUUGUAAGGAUACAUAAAAUUGAUGCAGCAGAUAGAGUAAUAUGGGAUGAAGCUCAUUUUGGGAAAUUUGGUUCUCAUUAUUUAAAACGCGAAUUUUACUUUGAUGUUCAUCCACCUUUAGGAAAACUUUUAGUAGCAUUAUCAGGAUAUAUAGCGGGUUAUAAAGGAGAUUUUGCAUUCGAAAGUGGGUUACAAUACCCAGAAACAAUGAAUUAUACAGUAAUGAGAAUUUUCAAUUGUAUGUUUGGAAUAUUGGUGACUCCUAUGGCAUAUAGAACUACUGUACUACUAGGUUUUAGUCAAUAUACUUGUUGGUUUAUUUCAUUAAUGGUAAUUUUUGAACAAAUGUCUUUAACUUUAUCCAAAUUCAUCUUACUUGAUUCAAUGUUAUUAUUUUUUGUUGUUUUCACAUUCUUUGGUCUUAUCAACUUACAUAAUUUAAUAUCCAAUAACAAAGAAAUGUCAUUGUCCGGUUUGAAAUGGUUUGUAAUUACUGGUAUUAGUAUUGGUUGUGUCUGUUCUGUAAAAUGGGUUGGGUUAUUUGUUACAGCUUUAGUGGGAAUUUACACGGUUUUAAACUUAAUUUUAGGCUUUUACAAAUGUAUUGCUUCAAACAAGCGAUCAAGUUGGACCAGCUAUUCUCAACAAUGGGCACUCAGAAUAUUCACUUUAAUCUUGAUACCAUCAAUAAUUUAUAUGCUAGCAUUCAAAGUUCAUUUUAUGACGCUAAAUCAUACAGGUCCAGGAGAUGGAUCGAUUUCAACAUUAUUACAAGCUUCUUUAAAUGGAAAUACUAUACAAUUUGGACCAAGAUCUGCUGCAGGAGGAUCAACAGUGUCGUUAAGAUCACAAGGUUUAUCGCCUAAUUUACUUCAUUCUCAUGAUCAUACAUAUCCUGAAGGAUCACAAGAGCAACAAGUAACAACUUAUGGAUUCAAAGACGACAAUAACGAUUUUCUCAUAGAAUAUUUAGAUCAAGAUAACUCAAAAUUUGUGGAAGAUUUGGAUACUAUUAGACUAAAACAUAUCAAGACUGGAAAUUACUUAAAUGCAAACGCCGUUGGAGCACCGAUAUCCAAAGCUCACUAUGAAGUCUCAUGUUCGAAUGUCAAUCAAUUUGAUGACACCCAUGAAUGGGAAAUAGAAAUACAGUCUCAUGAAUUGUCACCAUCACCUCAUUUUAUAAAUGAAAGUAAAACAGGAUUACAUCCAAUAUCAACCAAUUUUAGAUUGAAACAUAAAAAGUUAGGAUGCUAUUUAGCUACUACCGGUAAGUCAUUACCAUCUUGGGGUUAUCAACAAGGAGAGGUUAUAUGUCGUUAUUCAUUAUUUUCCAAAGAUAAAAAUACAUGGUGGAAUAUUGAAAAACAUGUUAAUGAAAAUUUACCCUUACCAGAAAUAGAUUAUGUCCCACCUAAACCAAAAUUUUGGAAAGAAUUUAUUCUUUUAAAUUAUGGAAUGAUGGCCUCUAAUAGUGCUUUAAUUCCUGACUAUGAUAAAUUUGAUAAAUUAAGUUCGGAAUGGUGGGAAUGGCCAAUAUUGAAUACGGGAUUAAGGAUGUGUGGAUGGGGUGAAAGUGAAAUUAAAUAUUUUUUAAUUGGUAAUCCAUUUGUGACUUGGUUUUCGACUUUUAGUUUGGGUUUAUUUGUCAUUUAUUUAUUAUUUAAAGCAUUUCAAUACCAAAGACAACAAUUGAAUUAUAGCACAACUAAUAAAAACAAUUAUGAUUUCUUGGGUCAAGGAAUACUUCCAUUUUUGGGAUGGGCAUUUAAUUUUAUUCCUUUCAUUUUAAUGGGUAGAGUAAAGUAUUUACAUCAUUAUGUACCAGCUUUAUAUUUUGCAAUAUUUGUCAGUGGAUUUAUGAUGGAAAGAUUAGUUGGUCAAAACAAGUACAUUCCAAGAUUAGUUAAAACUUUUGUUUAUGCCGUGUUGUAUAUCCUAGUCGUUUACUCGUAUUGGUACCUCAAAGAUUUGUCAUUGGGUAUGGAAGGUUCAUCAAAACUUUAUCAACACAUGAGAUUAUUAAAUUCUUGGAUGAUUUAA